AUGUCCGUCUCUCCCGAACCCCAGGCCCGCUCGCCUGCCGCCUCCCCCGACCGCGACGUGCCGGAGAAAGUUGCGACUCCCAUCGCCGGCGACGAUGAUGACAGCGAGAAACCCACCGAUCCCGUUGCUGAUGAAGGGCCUGCGGAGGUUGCUGAAGUCGAGCCUGAAGAGCAACCUGAGGACGACGAUGACGACGCCAAGCUGUCCGACGACGAGUCGAUCCUGUCCGAGGUUGACGAGGCGCAGUUCGAGAAUUUCGACCCGGAGAACGUCGAUGUCGAAGACCGCCCGCAGCUCGCCAUUGACGAGGAGAACCUGAAGCUCAUCGGCCGCCACAAGCGCAAGCGCACCGAGGAUGGAGAGGAGGGCCGCUCACACCGCAAGAAGGAGGGUCGUCGGGAGAAGAAGGGCCGCCGGGCUCGCGAUGAAGAGGAAGGCGAGGAAGGUUCGUCUCGUCGAAAGGACCGCAAGAAGCGCGCUGAAGAGCCGGAUACGGAUGAGGAAACAAUGGAUCCCGAGACACGUAUGUGCUGUGACCACCAAAACUGCUGGGCCCGAACUGACGAAAUGGAUAAACAGGUCGCCGCAGGGCUCUGGAUCGACUUGGAAUCCAUGGCCGAUGCCGAGAUUGAGGAUAUGCGCAAGCGUAUGACUCACGCGGCGCAAAUGGACGCGAUCAACCGCCAGGAAGGAAAGCCGGCUAUGCACAAGCUCAAGCUGCUUCCCGAGGUCGUCAUGCUCCUCAACCGCAACCAAUACAUCAACAGCCUGGUCGACCCGGAAAUCAAUUUGUUGGAGGCUGUGCGAUUCUUCCUAGAGCCCUUGGACGACGGGUCGAUGCCGGCCUACAACAUCCAGCGCGACCUCUUGACCGCCAUGACCAAGCUUCCCAUCAAUAAGGACGCCUUGAUCGCUAGUGGAAUCGGAAAGGUGGUGGUCUUCUAUACCAAGAGCAAGCGCACGGAGCGUCGCAUCAAGUUUUUGGCCGACAAACUACUGGCCGAGUGGACGCGACCCAUCCUCCAGCGCAGUGACGAUUACUCCAAGCGGGUUUACCAGCAAGCCGACUUUGACCCUACGUAUGCUGUCCUGCCAAGUUUCUUUACCCCCGCCGAAGUUGUCGCCGCCGAGGCUCGCGCCCGCGAGAUGCUCCCGCCCCGUUUGGCCAACCGUGCGCGCCCCGAUCGCACCCAGGUCAGCUACACGGUGGUUCCCCGACAGACAGCCGUGCAGGAGAGCCGAUUUGCGCGACCUCUGGGUGCCAGCGGCGAGGAUCGCUUCCGCAAAAUGCAGGCGCGGCAGAAUGCAUCGCAGAAAGCAUCGAGACGGUAA